CUGAAGCUUCGUUGUCCGAGUUUUAGUUCCUGCUUGAAAAUAGCAACAUGUUCAAACGAUGUGUGGUUCUGCUGCUCUGCGCCCUCGCUGCCGUUUCCCUCGCAGCACCGCUCCAAACAAGUGCUCCAGAAGAUGAGAGACUCGCAGCUCUGGUGAAACACCUGAAUGAGGAAGCUACAGAUAAACCUAUGACCUCACAGCCAGACUCUGAUGAGACAACUGAGAUCCCAGUCGACUCAGAUGAAGCUGACUCAGAUGCUUCCAUGACUGAAGCUCCAGAAUCUGCUGAAGCCUCUGAGAUUUCAGUGGAGAAAGAAGAAAGUGAUGCAGAUUCUUCUGUGGCUGAAAGUGAUGAAAGCAAAGACACUUCUGAGAAAACUAAAGAUUCUGCUGAAUCAGAUGAGAAAAGAGAUUCACCUUUUCAGCCCAGUUCAGUGGAGACUGGUGGGACAUCUUUCACGAUGAACAGUUCUGAAGAUGACGACACGUCCAGUAAAAGUGUUUUAGAAUCAUCUGAGGAACCACCUGCUUCAGAUGAGGACGGUGAACUGAAGGAAGACUCUGAGGUUGUUGGUGAUAACCCUGAUAUUUCUGAGGAGAAAUCUGAAGGUGUUACCGAUGAAGGCUCUGAUGAUGUGGCUGCAGAGCUCGACAGCAACACGUCAGAGGAAAACUCAGAAACUACUUCUGAACCCAAAAGUGGCGAAACAUCAGAGGACGAAUCUCAAACUGCUUCUGAAGACAAAGACAACAAGUCUGAGGAAAAACCUGAAGAAACUGGCAGCUUUGAAGAAUUUGAAGACGUAACCGAUGAUUCAGCUCCUGAAACUGAUCCCACCUCUGAUGAAACGACUGAUUCUAAAGAUGAGGAUGAACUGAGUGACGACGCUGAAAUGACUGACAGUGACACUCCAGUUGACGACGACAAGAAGGAAUCAGAUGAAGUCACUGACAAAGAUCUGGGCACUGACAGCUCAGCUCAUGAAGAUGAGGAGGAGGCUACAGAUAUCGCAUCAAAUGAGGAAGAUCCACUGAAUGACGACGGCGACGAGAAAGAGGCGACAGAGGAGGAGACGGAUGGAGACGAGGGUGCGACCUCAGAAAGCGACGGCAAGGAUGAAGAUCAAACCGACAGCGAAGUUCUGAGCGAUGAAGAAACUGAUACGAACCAAACCGACAGCAAGGCGGAGAAAGACGAAGACGAGCCGGACAAGCUCGGCGAAGAAGAGACGCUUGCAGACGACUCACAGACUAAGGAGCCGGACGACCUGGCUCCAAACACGCCCGACUCCACCGAAGCACAAACUUCUGACAUGGACCUACUUGAUGACUCCACUCCCGCAGCUGGGAACCAGACGCCCAGUCUCUGAACCAUGGAAGCUCUCUGAUGCCAGAACGGCGCUCCGGUGUCUCCAUGGUGAUUUACUGCUGCCAUGACAACAACAAACUAACCUGCAACUAAACUCAACUGUCUCUUUGUUUUGUGUCUUUUUGAUUUGAGGCUGCUUUUGUUUUUCAUAAAGAGAUAUUAGAAAAUAUCUUCUUUCCACUCUUUCUCCUCCUUGUUCUUCUCUGGGGUCUCUUUUAAUUUUAGCUCAUUUUCUCGCCUGUCUGCAGAAAUAUUAUCCCAGCUGCUGAUCUUAGAUCUACUCUGUGGGUCUGAUUUCACACAUUAAUGUGUACAUACAGUCCACUUUACCGUUUACUUUACAAACAUUAAUGAUUAUUUUUACAAGAAAUUGAUGAAUGUCAAGUUCUUCACUGUACACAGAAAUUGGCUAAUAAAGUGUGAACUGUCAGAAA